GCAAUCAGCCUUAAUAAAUUUGAUUUUUACCUGGGAUGUUUAUGGGAUUCUACGACCGCGUGUUAAAUUUAUGCUAUUCGUCCCGCAUUGCAUCUCUUUGCUAGAAUCGAAAUGUCGAGUUCGGAAGAUAAUGCAACUAACAGCGAUAAAAGUGAAGUUGAAAGUGCUAACGAAAUGUCUGAUACCAGCGAAUCAAGCAACGAAAGUGAUGAUGAGAAGCCAAAACUAGUUGAUAACGAUUUCCGGCAAAUGCCCUUCGAGGAACUGUUGAAGCUAAAACGACGGUUAGGAUCGAAAGUGUACAACGAAGCAGUGUUCGGAAAAACUAGUGACAAAGAAGUCCCGAGGACGUCAUCUACCGAAAGACAAAAGAAACGCGUUGCCCCAAAUGUUGAAAGUGAUUCCGAUGGCCCACCUGAAGAAAUUAGCGCUAAACGUAAAGUGCCUGCAUUGGGAAUGGCAAAAAAUCGUACCAAAACGGAGCACCCUCGAAGUAAAGAUCCUCGUUUCGACUCUAAACAGGGCUACUUCAGCGGACGUCAGUUUCGAUCGCAAUAUGGAUUCAUCAAUGAGAUGCGUUCCGAUGAGCUAGUAACAUUGCAGAAACAACUUGAGGAGGAGGAAGAUCCCGCAAAAGUCGAAAAACUUAAGUUUGCCAUUCGCAGAACAGAAAAUCAAAUUCGUGAAUUCGACAAACAAUCGCAGCAAGAUCAGAAAAGAAAAGAACAACGAUUAUUGGCUCGUAAAACUAUCGACGAUGGUAAACAACCGUUUUAUGAAAAGAAAAGCGUUACUAAAGCCCGUGAUUUAGUUGAAAAGUACAAUCAACUAAAGGAAAGCGGAAAACUGGGCAAACAUAUUGAUAAACGAAGAAGGAAAAAUACUGCCAAGGACAGAAAGAAACUUAACUUUGCUACGUAGUGUUUUUGAAAUACAAAUAUGUUAAACU